CAUGUUUCGCGCUCGUGCAUGAGGAAAGCGCGUGCGGUCGAUGGGCAGGUAAAAACACACACAGCGUGAGGGAGCGUAGAGGACUUUUCUAUUUUGUACAUACAUUAUUUUGUAUAUACUGUUUAUAAUGACUUCAGUGGUCACUGAUGCUGCCCGGAGCAAUCGGGACAGAGCCCAACCAGAGACCACACACGCCUCACAGCCACAGAAACAGAUACAGGCCACAGCUGAACAGAUCCGACUUGCCCAGAUGAUUUAUGACAAAAAUGAUGCAGAUUUUGAGGGCAAAGUUCAACAGCUCAUGGAAGUUACAGGCAAAAAUCAGGACGAAUGUAUGGUGGCCCUCCACGACUGCAAUGGAGAUGUCAACAGGGCUAUCAACUUCCUGCUGGAGGAGGUCACUAACAAGGAUUCAUGGGAAACGGUUGGCAAAAAGAAAAGUGUUGGAAAAGAAGGGACAUCAGCAGAGAACAGAGAGAAGAGAGGAGAAAGGGAAGGCAGGGGCCGCGGGGGUCCAAACAGACGCGGAAGAGGGGCCAGCCGCUACCAAGAAGGGCGGUCAGAAGAGAACGGGUUUGAUUCAGUUUCAGCAGAGAGAGGAGGAGACCGUGGGCGCAGAGGAAGAGGGAGAGGAGCAGGAGGCCGAGGGAGAGGGAGAGGAGCUGGAAUAAGCAGAUUCUUUCAGGGAAUAGGAACAUUUAACCCUGCUGAGUACACUGGCUCUGCUGAAGCAGGAGAGGCUGCUAAUGAGACUACUGAAGGAGCAGGAGCUUGGAAGGAUAAUCUGGAAGAUUGGGCUGCAGAAGACUGGAAUGAAGAUCUUUCUGAGACCAAAGUGUUUACCGCCUCCUACGCUCUUGGCUCCAAGAACCACAUGCAGCCUGGACAGGGGGUUGAUCUCAGCUCAUUGAUGCCUAAAGUGGCAGAGGGCGACUCCGAGCUGGCCGGUUUAGAGCCGUCAUACCCUGAUACUCUCACCCAGAGCCUGGUGUUCACCAACUCCCAGCAACACUCCACCCAAGCACACACACACAGCUAUGCCUCUGCUGCCGCUGGCACUUAUGCGCACGCCACAAUGUCCAUGCUGGGAUCCAGACUUCACCAAAUUGAUGUACAGAAAGCAGAACCAGUCAGCAUGCCCCGACUCACCCCUCUGUCCAAUCAAAUGGCAGGGACCCUAAGCAAUGGCAAUGAAUCUGCAGAACCCACUGCUUCAGUUCCACAUGCGACUGUACCUAUGACUCUGAGUGAACCCAAGGAGAUGCCUGUUACAACAGUUCACAUGGACCUGAAGUCCUUACCCGACCCAUCCCCCAUCCUUAGUCAACUGACCCAGCAUCAGAAUUCAGCACUCCAGUCGGACCUGCUGGCUCAGGCCCGAGACUCCGCCCCACUCCCCCCAUAUGAUGGGCCCUCUACAUCCCUGAACCCCCUCUCUGAGCCUGUCAGCACCACAACAGAGCCCCCACAGGCCAAAAACAUCAGGCCACAGAGACGGAGAGCGCCCCCUCCCUCCAAGAUCCCAUCUUCAGCAGUAGAGAUGCCAGGCUCUACUGAUGUUUCUGGGCUGAAUGUGCAGUUCGGUGCACUGGAUUUUGGAUCUGAGGCCACUGUGGAGAAUCUCAACCAAUCAGAAACUAGUUGUCAGGAACCUGUGGUUGCUGCUAAAACCCAGAGCAACCCUACCAUCAGUGAUUCUCUAGGUGGUUUGCCUCCAGCGGUGAUGGAGUCCAGUUACCCCUCAUUGGGUUUAUCCAGCACUCCUGCCAUGGCUCCCUCUUCUGCCACCGAAGUGGAGUCAUCGGCCACCACCCCUCUCAGCAAUGGAUUCAGUGAAAUUAGGACAUCUAGCACACAGGAAGCUGCUCCGUCCAGCACCCCACAAUGCAUGUCCACAGCUCUCUCUGGCGAGAACGGCUUGCCAUCUACAUCACUCCAAUCUUCCUCCACCUCAACAGCAGCAACUGCCCUCAGCACAGCUCCUCCCUCUCUUAGCAGUCACAUUAGCAGUGUUAACUCUCUCGGAUCUUCAGCGCCUGCCAGCUCUUCCCUGAGCUCACAGAUGGGUGCUGACGUGAGCGUGAGCCUGCCUGUGUUUUCCGGCUCUGUGUCAAAUGUGUCCAGUUCGGCAAUCAACUCAAACGGACUAAACGCUGCAACUCAGAGUCUCUCUGCUAACAGCACAUCCGCUCCCUCUGCUGGCCGAUCUGCACCACUGCAGCCCUCCAUCAACACCUCCAGCACCUCUGGUAAAGCUCCUCCGAACCUGGCUCAAGGAGUCCCGCCUCUGCUGGCCAGUCAGUACAUCAUGGGUCCUGGUGGCCUCCUUCCUGCUUACCCGCCAAUCUAUGGAUAUGAAGACCUACAGAUGAUGCAGUCACGUCUGCCCAUGGAUUAUUAUGGAAUGACAUUCCCUGGUACAGCACUAGCUGGUAGAGAUGGCGGAUUAGCAAACAGUCCAUACUCUGGUGAGCCCACUAAAUUCGGACGCAGCGACUCAAACUCCCCAGCCCCCAACACCAGCCUCUCCUCAGUGCCCCCCUCACAGUCUCAACAGGGUGCCAUCCCCCCUCAAAAUCAAGGGCCACAGAACCCAGGUCAAGCCCAACAGGGUCAGACUCAGGCAUUCCUCAACCCUCAACUGCCCCCAGGUUACGGCUACACCAGCCUGCCCUACUACCCCGGUGUGCCGGGAUUGCCCAGUGCCUUCCAGUAUGGCCCCACUGUCUUCAUGCCCCCAGCAUCCGCAAAGCAGCAUGCCAUGGGCCCAUCCAGCCAGUACCAACACCAAGCCGGAUACAGCCAACACGCGUAUGGCCCAGGAAAUUAUGAAGAAUUUACUGGUCGCUUUUAUCCAUGUAAUUACAAUGAAUGGGGACUGGAGCUUCAAAAAGGUUUUGACGAGCUGUCCCAGGCUCAUGCUGGAGGAGAGUAUGGGAAAGGAUAUGGAGGCAGCUCUCAGUCCCAGGCCAAAGCAGUCAGCAACAGCACAGGAAAAGCACCAGGAUUGUCUGGAUCUGCAAGCUCCGAGCUUACUGGUACUGUCUACAGCAAGAAUCAGACAUUUGACAAGCAGGGUUUCCCCACAGCAGCUGCCCCUGCCUUCAGCCUGCCCUCAGCUUUGGGAGGGACCGGCCCGCUUAACCCUGCAGGUGCACCUGGUUACGCCCCAGUCCCCUUCCUUCACAUCUUGCCCCAUCAUCAGCAGCCCCCCUCACAGUUACUUCACCACCACAUGGCUCAAGACACACAGGGCCAACGCAGUCAGUCCAACAGCAUGCAGAAGAGUCAGGGCAAGUCCAACUACAGCAGCUCUCCUUACUGGGCGAACUGAACAAUCACUUUUCAAACCGUUACUGACAUGAAAGCCCAAAUCUGCGUGCCCGCACUGUUCUGCCUCUCAUCUGAAACAUACACAGACACCGUAUCAGUUCUCCCACCAUCCCCCUCCUCCAAAGUUCUCCUCUGCUAUUUUCCAUUUUGUUUUUUCCUUCUCUGAAUUUGGUUUUUCCAUGUAAGAUAUUUAUGUAAGUAUUUAUAUAUACUGUAAAUGUUAAGAAGCCAAACAUAAGAUAUGGUCACUCCAUUUCUUUUUUUUUUUUGACAGACUCUUUGUUUUGUUUACUUUUUAAAAACUGCAGAGAUGUAGCAAAACAUUUAAAGGAAAAGCAUUUUGAGGAAAACCAAAAAGAGACAUUGCAAUGAGAGAGCUAGAGCACUGACAGUGGAGGAGGGUGAAAUAUUGUGGGAGUGUCACUCAUUCAGACAUCAUGAGAGGCUUCAACAUCAAGAGCGUUCCACUCUUGAGUCCUUCCCUCUGAGGGUUGUGUCCCUGUACUAUGGUUCCCAAGUUAAUUUCUGUCAGAAAUUGAGUUUAAAGCAGAAAUUUAAAUUCUGGCCAAACAGAAAAAGGAAAAACAGCCCAUACAUUUUAUAUUUUACUCUUGUUCCCCUCUGAAUAAAGGUUCUGAGCUAUUCACCCA